UCCCUCCGCCCCCUCCCCGCGGGACUCCGGCGUCCCCGCCCCCCAGUCCUCCUCCCCUCCCCUGCAGCAUGGUGCUCGCGGCCCCGCUGCUGCUGGGCUUCCUGCUCCUCGCCCUGGAGCUGCGGCCCCGGGGGGAGGCGGCCGAGGGCCCCGCGGCGGCGGCGGCGGCAGCGGCGGCGGCGGCGGCGGCCGGGGUCGGGGGGGAGCGCUCGAGCCGGCCGGCCCCGUCCGCUGCUCCGGAGCCGGACGGCUGCCCCGUCUGCGUGUGGCGGCAGCACAGCCGCGAGCUGCGCCUGGAGAGCAUCAAGUCGCAGAUCCUGAGCAAACUGCGGCUCAAGGAGGCGCCCAACAUCAGCCGGGAGGUGGUGAAGCAGCUGCUGCCUAAGGCUCCGCCGCUGCAGCAGAUCCUGGAUCUGCACGACUUUCAAGGCGACGCGCUGCAACCCGAGGACUUCUUGGAAGAGGACGAGUACCACGCUACCACGGAGACGGUCAUAAGCAUGGCCCAGGAGACGGACCCUGCAGUGCAGACAGAUGGCAGCCCUCUCUGUUGCCAUUUCCACUUCAGCCCCAAGGUGAUGUUCACAAAGGUACUGAAGGCCCAGCUGUGGGUGUACCUUCGGCCUGUGCCCCGCCCAGCCACAGUCUACCUGCAGAUCUUGCGACUGAAACCCCUAACUGGGGAAGGGACCGCAGGGGGAGGGGGUGGAGGCCGGCGUCACAUCCGUAUCCGUUCACUAAAGAUUGAGCUCCAUUCACGGUCCGGCCACUGGCAGAGCAUCGACUUCAAGCAAGUGCUACACAGCUGGUUUCGCCAGCCACAGAGCAACUGGGGCAUCGAGAUCAACGCCUUUGAUCCCAGUGGCACAGACCUGGCUGUCACUUCCCUUGGGCCAGGAGCUGAGGGGCUGCAUCCUUUCAUGGAGCUUCGAGUCCUAGAGAACACAAAAAGGUCCCGGCGGAACCUAGGCCUGGACUGCGAUGAACACUCGAGUGAGUCCCGCUGCUGCCGAUACCCUCUCACGGUGGACUUUGAGGCUUUUGGCUGGGACUGGAUCAUCGCACCUAAACGCUACAAGGCCAACUACUGCUCCGGCCAGUGCGAGUACAUGUUCAUGCAAAAAUAUCCACACACCCACUUGGUGCAACAGGCCAAUCCAAGAGGCUCCGCUGGGCCCUGCUGCACCCCUACCAAGAUGUCCCCAAUCAACAUGCUCUACUUCAAUGACAAGCAGCAGAUUAUCUACGGCAAGAUCCCUGGCAUGGUGGUGGAUCGCUGUGGCUGCUCCUAAGGUGUGGGCUACAGUGGAUGCCUCCCUCAUAGACCCUCCCCCAAGACCCCAGCCCUGGUCCCCAUUCCCCCAAGCCCUAGAGUGCCCUCCACCUCUUCCCAUGAACAUCACACCUUGUUCCCUGACCAAGCAGUGUGCAAUACAACAGAGGGAGGCAGGUGGGGAUGGAAGGUGAGGGGCUGGGGGAAAGGAAGGGCAGUCAGAGUGGACUGUACCUGAGAUUUGCAGGUGAGAAGGCUUGGCAAGAAGACGAGAUGUAGAGACAGAGGAGCAAACAGAGCAACACUGAGAAGGCAAAGGAAUAGAGGCUAAAGACAGACAAGGAGAAAGAGACUGAAAUGGGAGUAAAAUGAAAGCCCUGCCCCAAGCCUCCUUUCUUCUACCAGCAAGGUGAGGCUUGAUAUAGAUUGGGGAGUUCCCCUGACAACUCAGUAGGAGUAAAUCAGAAGUCCAUUCUUAGCUUCUUCCCUCUCUCCUUCCAACAGUAGCCAGAAGUGAAAUAAGGAUGGGGCAAAGGAAGGACCUGGGAAUUUUUUUAUUUAUUUAUUUAUUAUGACUUUUUUUUUUUUUUUGGUAUUUGGCUUUACUGGAAUAGGAGGGACCCUGCCCACUGUGCCCCAUUGGUCCCUUACUCCCCAAACCCUGCUCUCCCCAACACCAACCUCCUUAAGCACUUGUAUUAAGCCUCCAGGGUUGGGAAUGGGAGUAAAGGGCAAGAGGGUGGACACAUGGAAGCUUUGAACCCAUAAUCACCCUAACCAACCUUCUUGAGCCAAACGGGUUGAGCUGAGUGGUCAUGGAAACAGAAAAAGUUCAGACUUAAGAGCUGGGGGGAGGGGAACCUCAACACCCAGAUCUAUGAGAGCUACUAAACUACCCCUCAGGCCUACCUUAGUUGUGGUACUAUUAGCCAGAGGGCACAGCCUGCUUAUCCCCCAAUCCCCCUCAGCCAAGAGACCAAAGAGCCUGUGGAAUGUCCCUGCUCUCAGCCUCUAUCUUCAGGUCAAUAAAAAUUAGAGAUCCCAGAGUCCCCCCAGGUCUGGGAAGGGUUAAGGGUCAAAAAAAUAGUAACGAGGCUGAAGGUUAUAGGGCAUCUGAAUCCAAAUCACUACUCUAGGCUAGGGAGUACAGCCAGCAGACCAAGUGGAUGGGAUUCUGAAGGGGACAUUUUAGUCCCCAACCCCAAAGCUCAGGGUGGAAGAAGGGAGAACAAGGGAGAAGAGUGUCUAUAACUUUAUCUUUUAUUUUUGGAAUAUAGCAGUACCUGACAGCAGGGGUGGGGCAGUACAGGCAUGUGACAAGGCCAGAUACAGCAGAGGAUGGGAGGAUGGAGAAGCCUUGGUUUGGAAGGCUUAGGAGGCAGGCAAGCGAUUAGCUGCCACUUCAAGUCACUACCUGGGCCCAUUCAUUCCUCCCACAAUCCGACCCACCCUCCUCUGGACUCACUGUGCCUCAGUUUCUUCCCCUUGAUGGAAUGAGAAACAGCAGCACCCGCCACAGCCAAGAGAUGAAUUCUGAGCACUUACCACGGGCACUUUAUGGACAUAAAAUACCUCUCGCUGUGGGACUAGAUAACCAGGGCACCACAAUGGUGGUGACGAGACGUGAGGCUCAAAGGAGUCAGGCUUCAGAGCACAAGGACCCUCUGCCUCCCAGCUGGACAAUGCCUGAAGCCAAGGAGUUGAAAUCUCCACACCCUAACCAUACCUCACCUGUGGCCUCUUGGCUCCAGACAAGAUCUUGAGAGGAUGGGGGAAGAGGGGAAGAUUACAGCAACAUGAUCAUGAGUAGAGCCAGACAUGACGUAGAAAAGUACUGAACCGAGGUCUGUGCUUCCUGAGAUCAUGCUUCUCUCACUUGGGCCAGACCAUAGGAAGGACAAAGGUGUGUGACUAUCCUUGGUACCUAACUCCUAUCUCACAGAGAAAAGGAGAUGUCUCCUACAAGGAAUGGACAAGGCUGUCAAGCCUUUCAACUCACUUCCCAUGUAGUAGCUGUUAGUCCCAAGCCUCUCUCUGGUCCUGUUCUUCAUCUCUUUUUCUACCCCAUCUUAAAGAACAAGAUGCAUUUGACCAUCACCACCAACCACACUUCUUGGUGGAGGAGAGCAAUAGAAGGCAGCGAGAAGAUUCUUUCCUCCAAGGUCAAAUGUCUGUUGAUCUUGGGAAAGGUAAGGGUCGGAUCAUUAGGUUAUCAGGUAAACUUCUCUAUUAUAGUUUAGAGAGCUGGGGCAUUAAACUUCAACUACUGCCUCUUUAUCACCACCAACUAAAUACCUUUCCAGGGGGAAAAGGUUCUCUUAUGAAUACAAACCUGAGUUAAGCCUCAGUUUCCUGGUCUUUUCUAUCCCCUAAGAGGCUUGAGGACAUGGCCUAGCAAUUCAGCGGGAGCUGGCACUUCCCACACCUUACCUGUGUGGACUAGCCAGUGCUCCUCUGAAAGUGUCAUUAUUAGUGUAAUUCUUAACUUUGUGUAUCUGUUACAUCAUGUGUGUGAUUGCCUUUGUUUGUUAAGGGUGUUUGAGGAGUAUGGGCUGACAGAGGCACUGGAAUGCCAGGAAAGGACUUCUUCACUGACAUCAAGGUUUAGGAAGGAACCAUUGCAAAAGGCCAUCAGGCAGUUUUCAAGUUAUGUGACAGAGGGCAAAGAUGGCCAUAGGGUGCUCUGAGUUUUGGAAUGGUCACAUGACACAAUCCAGCACUUGAACCUGAAAAAAGAAAAAUAAAAGCAGUCAAAGAGUUUAGAAUUCAGUGGUGAGCUCUUCUCCCUAACUGAGCGUCACGUUUGCACCCGCGAGACUAAGAACAACGGACUCAUGAGUUCACUGAGGGCACUGGGAAAGGGAGAUGACUUAAGAGUUCUUCAGCCGGGCGAUGGUGGCACACGCCUUUAAUCCCAGCACUCCGGAGGCAGAGGCAGGCGGAUCUCUGUGAGUUCGAGACCAGCCUGGUCUACAGAGCUAGUUCUAGGACAGGCUCCAAAGCCACAGAGAAACCCUGUCUGGGGGGGGGGGGGGAAAGAGUUCUUCAGAGAGCUGGACAUAAAAUAGUCCCAAAGAUCACAAAACACCUACUUGCACAGAAUGAAAAGUCUAGGUUCUAAAAUAGUCUGACAGAGUCCUCCAAUCCUGGCUGCCUUAAGAGUAUUCCCAAAAUCAAGCUGGCAGCUCCCCACCAUAGUUCUGUGUUCCAAACAUUGAAUCCACUAUAAAAACUCCCACGUGCCCACAGCAUAAUUCCUAAGACAUUAAUCUUGCUUGAGUCACAGAUCCAAUGUGCCACCUGGCUUUCCUGCCAAUGAGCUAGACUAUGGGGGGGGGGUCUCUUGGUCUCACAUAUAUGUGCCCCCUAAAGGAGCCAGACUGCAUUUAUAUACACGAAGGCCCAGAUCACGCCACUCACCACCCAACCCCCAUUCUCUAGCUGGAACCUGCUUGUCCAGGUGUGUGUGUGGGGGGGGGGGGGGAGAUGUCCCCAUUUAUCCUAGAUCUCAAUUUUACUUUGGUAGACUUCAGGGCUAAUACUAUAUAAACUCCAUCAGGAAUGUGUGCUGAGCACACGAUAACAUCACUGAAUUCUCACUGCAGCCCUCAGAAUAGUUUGGAAACAGUCACAGAGCAAUUAAGUAACUUGCCAAAUCAGGAUCCAGAAGUAGUAAGGUAGAACAAGGAAUCAAAGCCGGGUAGUUAACACGCAAUAACAAGUUUUAAUCUAUUUAAUCUGUUGUUAAAUUAAGGUGGAAAACUGAAUUCAGGGACAACAGAAGUGAGAAAGCUGAGAAACACCUUGGGUCCAAAGGGCUGGAUGAGUGUGGAACUUUUUCCAGUGUCUUUCAGCUUACGGAUGGGAAUGUGCAUGGAGUUCCUGCCCAGCACCACACAAAACCAGGCAUGCUGGCACAAGCAUGUAAUCCAAGCCCUUGGGAGGGAGAAGCAGAAAGAUCCUGAAAUUCAAGGCCACCCUCAGCUUGCUUCAUAGCUCAUUUGAAGUCACCCUGGGCUAUAAGAUAUAAGAGACUUUGCCUCAAGAAGGGAGGUUAGAUUUUGGAGGCAUUAUAAGUGCCCCUGUCGGAGGCCUUGUACAAGAGAGCAGUUAAGAAAAACUUAUCCGUGAGUCUGGGACCAGCCUGGUCUAAAGAGCUAAGUCUAGGAUAGCGAAGACUACACAAAGAAACCCUGUCUAACC